CCGCAACAAGAGUUGGGAGCAGCAGUGUGGCCCAGGAGCCACAAGGGGGCGCCCUUGGCUCGCGGAUAGGGCAGGCCUUGCCGCUGCUGCUGCUGUUUUCCAGGCAGAAGAGCCCAGUGCUGUAAGGGAGAGAGAGAAGAUCCUUCAUAGCAGAAACCAGCCCUGAGGGGCUUUUUGAUCUCAUUCCCAAAGGCAGCACUUCUCUUUCACAUAUACUCGCCCCUGGAACGAACAGAUCCAACUUGUGGGGAGAUUAUUUCGUCAUCAUCAAGAUUUUGGGAUAUUGAUUGGGAUAAUUUUACUGGUCUGUGACUGUAAUAAUAUUUAUCUGUCUAUCUAGUUAGAGAUAACUCGGCACUUUGGAUUGUUCCCUUAAGGAAUAUAGUCCUUCAAUUGGAAUAAAGCCCAAUCUUGGCUUUUAAAAACAGCACCACACCACUUUAGUCCCGGAGCAAAAUAUAAUAGCAGCUCCUGGCUUCCAUGUUAGUGGAGCGGUGAAGCUGCUCCAGGGUUCACUGCAGAAUAUUUAAAGGCAUUUAAAUAUAUCCUGCUUCUCCCUCGAUCUGUAGGGAGAGGCGAGAUGUAAAUACAUUAUUAUUAUUAUUUCCCACAAUGCUGAAACCACUCCCCCCCCCCCAAAAAAUAGCUUCAGCACCUUGUAGCGCUCCUUGAAAAUCGAAACUGAAAUCCCAAGGGAACAAACUGACCUCCAGCAUGGAAGCCAGCAGGCCUGGAAAAGAUUGGCAAUGACAAUGGUUUGGACUGAAGAAGGGGGCUGAGAAAGACUGGGGAAGGGCUGAGCUACCCCAGGACCUCUCUAGGGGACAUCUGCCUUCUCAGAGAUGGUUUUCUAGCAAUUGGGGGGGGGGGAUGCAGUGGGCUUCAGCCCCAAAUGCUCACUAGCAACAAUGGUUAGGAAUGGCAGUGCACCAAAUCAGCCACCAGGUGGCACAUUUUCCUUAAUGAUGAUAAUGCCAGUAGUCUGGCUGGCCAGACAAGAGAGUGUGUGUAUGGUGUUGGCUUGGGCAGUGGGCGUUUUAGUGACAACACAGGAGCCUGGGUCCUUUUCAAAUACCCACCUUCCAUCUAACAGGGAUGACCCUGAUUCACAAACUACACCUUUGUGGUUGCAGGGAGCGCUUUUCUUUUGACCCCCCCCCCCAUGAACAAAUGCACUUAUUUUGGGGGGUGCAGUUGAAUACCUUGCACAGCUGCUUUACAGUUUGGAUGAAAACCCCAUUGAUGCUCCUGAGGGAGGGGUCUGGCUCCAGUGACCCCCUUCUGAGUUGGACCCUUGGCAGUGGCAGGUGGUGGCUCCCGCGUCAUUGCGGCCAUCCCUCCACCUUCAUGCCUGACUUUGACGAAAGUAGUCAUGGUUUUUUGUGAGUCUUUUGGGCUCUGUGACCACGUUCUAGAAGAGUUGAUUCCUGAUGUUUCGCCAGCAUCUGUGGCUGGCAUAAUCAUGGUGUUGAACCCUGUUCAUAGGUCCAGAACGCAUGGCUUCCAUGUUAGCGGAGUGGUGAAGCCACUCCAGGAUCAGUACCUAAAUAGGUUCAGUACUUUCCAGUCAGGGAGGUGUCAGUGGGGUAGUAUCCUAUGCCUGUGAUGGAAAUCCAUUCAAACAACAGCAGCUAGGAAUUGCAGUGUAGAGACUGAGCCAUGAGGUGGCGCUUUCUCCUUAAGAACAAGGGCUGAAAGGCAGCAAAAGCUUUGAGUCGCUCAAAGAAACUUCCAGACUUUGAGAAGGCCUAUGAACCUCUGCUAGGUUGGGGAAAUGCAUGGACUGGGAUGUUAAUUAGCAUUGGAUGCAGAUUCCAGGAAAGGAUAGAAAGAUACAGAGGCCUAUGUUUUGUUGCUGAGCAGCAGGAACGAAGAGGCUGCAGAUGUUUUUGGACUGCAACCCCCAGCAGCCCUAGGCAGCAGAAACAGUGGUGAUGGUUGGUGGAAACUGUAGCCCAACAACUUCUGGGGGACUUGCCUGUUCUUGCUGGUGGUGGUGUUAUGUGUUGAUAAAAACAUGAAGGAAAGCCCAACUACUGGAAGGCCACAUCCUUCAUUGUUACUCUCAACCAGACUGGAGAAAUGGAAUGAAUGGGCUUUACCUCCAUAUUGACUCACACUUACUAAGUGGAUGGGUCUCCUAUAGUUGAAACUAACAACAAGAAAAAGGGGCUCAGCACACUUUGGGCAAGUCUUUCCAAAUUCAGAGUAGCUUGCCAGAGGAGAGCUGGUCUAUUACUAAUCUGGACGUCUUUAAAAAAGCGGUCAGGACAGAUCUCUUCCGACUGGCCUUCCCACAUUAAUGCCUCAGUCGCUCCCAUUGACUCCCCUGUUUGCUUUGUUUCAACAGUGUUCAUUGUAUUGUUUAUUAUAGUUACUGUUACUAAUUUUGGGUUGAUGGUGGAUGGGUUUGUGGGAGAUUUUAUUGUAUUGUAUUUAUAUUUUAAUGUCGUAAGCUGCCUCGGUCUCAUUGUAGAGAUGGGGUGUAAAUAAAUUGUAUUAUUAUUGUUGUUAUUGUUGUUUUUAUUAUUAACAUCCAGAGCAGAUUGACAGCCCCAAGAGAAUGGGAGCCACCAACUCAGAAUUGAGUGGGAGGAUGCGACCAGUUUGACUGAAGAAGUAGAAAAUUGAGGGAGAGGACCUUGAAGGGCCCCUAUGGAAACCCACUUCCCCAAAACAGGUUUUCUGGAAAUGAGGGGGGGGACUAGUGGGUUUUUGUGUAGUCAAUGCCAAUGACUUCAGGCCUACUGCUCCCUGGCAAGAAUGGCUGGGAGACUGCCAUGUGGUGAUUGAGCCACAAGGUGGCGCUUUCUGCUUAGGGAUAAGCCAGGGGCUGCUGCUGCUGCUGAUUUCCAGACAAACGAGUCUUUCUGUGCUGCUGGUUGGGGACAUUUUAGCGAUCAAGCGGAACCUUGCAUCCUUUGAAAAAGAUUUUUUCCAUCUCGGCGUGACUGCAGGACCAACCCUGCAUAUGGUCUCCAUUCACCCUUUACAACGUUGUUGCUACAGAUUGCACUUCUCUUUUGACACCCCCCCUCCAAGAAUGCACAGCCGCACCUAUUUUGGGGACAUGCCCCAGCACUUUGGAUGGCUCCCUUCAAGUCUGGAAUACAACCCAACGUGAAUUCAUCGUCCUUUGUCAAACAGAAACCAUUGGGCACCAUUGGCAAUGGGGAUUCCUCCUUGUUGUCCUAGAAAGAGAGGCAGUGCUCUUGAAAAUGAGUUGGGGGGAGGUGAAGAGGCAGCAACCAGAGAGAGGGCAAAGCUGCCACAUCUCCCUGGUACUUCUUUAUAUGCAGUGUCUUUCCUCCAAUUUGCCUUUCCAGCUCCUUUUUUUUGGGGGGGGGGGGACCCAGUUUGCAAGAGCGGCCAGACCCUGUAAAGUGGUGGUGGAACCACAAGGGGGCGGUAUUUGUUUAGGAAUAUGGAAGCCAGCCCUGCUGAUUUCUAGACAAAGGGUUUUUGCCAUGUUUGUGCAAGGGAGCUUUUAGUGAGAAAACCAAACCCUGACUCCUUUAGAAAUGACCUGCUUUCCCCUCCUUGAUUGUAGAAGUGACCCCGAGUAUGGUUGUGAUUCACACCCAACAACACUGCGACUACAUGCAGCAUUUCUUCUUUUCCCUAGGAAUGAACACUUGCAGAGGAUCCACCAUCCGCUCUGAAAUGGAAGCUACUGGAUGCUACUGGCAGCAGGAAUGCCUUCUUAGGUCUUUCCAUCAAACUGGACUAUGCCCUGCCAUGGUUGUGGGCUGAAGGAGGAGCAAGCUGAGAGAGGAAAAAAAAAUGAAUCGACAGCCAGACCUCUGAGGAGCUUAUGGUUGAGCACCUUGGAUGGCCCCUUGAAGAAGAAAAGGGGAAUAAAACCCAGAAUUGAGUCACUGCCCAUUUCCAAACCGAAGCCAUUGGAUAUGCUGCCACCUUGUGCUUCUAGCAACUGAGGCUUCAGGUCAUCCUGAUUGGGAGGGAGCAACAGUUUUGACUGAAGCAGCGGCAAGCUGGUGUCUACGUGUAGGGAGGUUAAGAGCAUCUCUCCUUUCUGGAAAUGUCUCUUCCCCAACCUGGUUUUCCAGGGAUGGGGAGAGAGAAGGAGUGUGCUUUUAUUGCAAGCGUACAGGACUCAAGUCCAUGGGCUCACUAGCAAGCAGAGAUGGAAACUGCCUUUUGGCGAUGACCCACCAGAUGGCGCCCUUUGCUUAGGAAUAAUGGAAGCACUGCUACAGUUCAGCUUUUCAGACAAUAUAGGACUUUUCUGCUACUUGAUGGGAAAGGUCAUAUUGAUGAAUAAAACAGAAGCCUGGGCCAGGACCUUGGAUGGGGGUUUGCGGUCCCUUCUGCCAAGGAAGCCAUUGGCCUGCCUGCUUGCUGCCCUUGCCGCAACUGGGCCUUGCCCCGGGAGCCUGAUUUGGAGGAGCUAAUGAAGAGACAGAAAGAAGGAUCUCAGCUCUGAACUAGCCGCCCUCCUGGAGCAGUUGCACACUUCGUCGCCGGUGCCCGAGGCUGGGAGCUUCUCCAGAAGGUGAAGAAGGCAAGGGAGAAGGCCACUGAGUGGGGACCGGCACCAUGUCUGAGGAAACGUUUUUGAGCAUGGACGAAGGGACGCUCCGGAAACUGCUGGAGGCCACACUGGACCUGACAGAGCGACGACAGAUCCGGUCUGCCAUCCGGGAACUCCGGCGGCAGGAGCUGGAGCAUGACGAAGAGGCUCUGGCGUCCAAGCGCUUUCGGACGGAGCGGCAGGAGAACAAGGAGAACUUGCUGAGGUCUCGGCAGCUGGAGGAACAGCAGCAAAAAUCCUUGGAUCUCCUCUCUGGGAAGCUUGAAACCAUCCAGGAUGUGGAGGAAUUGACAGCCCUGCUGCGAGGGGCCAGCGAGUAUGAGGAACGCAAGUUGAUUCGUGCCGCCAUCCGCAAACUGCGUGCUGAAGAAAUAGAGGCUGCGGCCUUGGCUGGGAGGGCUUACUAUAGUCGGAGGGACACCAAGGAAACCCUUGAGGCCAAGGGACAAGAAGAGAAAUCGACCAACAAGGGUAUCUCAGAGGCUCAGGAGCUGGCAGAGCGGGAGCUGAUCCGGGCCCAGAUCCGGGAGCUGCGGAGCCAACAGCAGGGGGAAGUGAAGCCAACCAACAUGCCCGAAGACUCCUCUCUGGGGACUUUAUUGCUCCUUGAUCCCGUCCCUCGCCAUCCUCCUUCCGAAGACUCAUCUUCUCUCGCCGAGAGUGGGCUGGAUCCGGAGUCAAGUGCAGAGGGCCCAGAGGCAAGCUCCCAUGACAGUGAUUCGGCUACAGAGUCUCAGCCUACUUCCAAGGAGGAGAGUGCCAGCGCCACAUCGGCCUUGGAGGGUGGUGAGGCAUUGAGAACCCCUGAUGGGGAAGCCACUGGCGAGGCCAUGACGCAACCCCCAGAUUUGUCCAGCGAUGACGGAAGAGACAUUGGUCAGGCGGAGGCGUCCCGGCCAAGGCUACCAAGCGAGGAGAGCGAGAAAGAAGAGGAUGUGCCUCAAGCCUCUGAGAAGGAAGUGGGUGCAACAAACAAGGAGGGAGAUGCUUGUCUGGCAACUCUGUCAGUGGCUGCUCCCAAGAGCCCUGCCCCCAUAGAUGCCCAUAGUUGUGAAACUGCAUCUUCUGCACCACAUCCAAAGGGCAGUACAGAUCCCCCACGGGAGCUGCCUUUCCAGCGAUUGGGCUCCGUCUGGGAGCGGGCACGCAAGUUCAGCUCUGAGCCCUCCGACCAAACGGGCACUGGGCCCUCUGUGCAAAAGGGGGAGAGUGCCGGCCGAGGUUCCCGUGUUCUGCAACAACAGCAGCAGCUGCUGCAAACCCAGCGUGCCACAGGAGAUUUACCUGUCGGACCCCGGGGCCCUGGCCGGGUGCUCCAGAAUGGCACCAAACAACAGGCGGGGAAUAUUGGCACAGAGCAGGUGCCCAAAGCUGUGGCUGGCUCUGUUGCAUUGAGGGACCCCGCUCUUGGUCCGGCUGGCCUGAAAGAGGCGGGUGGUCCUCAGGGGAGGAGCCAAGGCAGCCAAUGGCAGGGCAGCAAGAAGCCGGUUGAAAAUGCCAAGGGGAGCACUGCUGGUUCAGAAGAGCCCAAUGCCCAGCUGAGUGCCUCCUGCAGUCCUCUGCCACCAUCCCAGGCACCGAACCUUGGCACUGAUCCCAGCGACGCCAUGAAAACCCUCUUCACCAUUGAGAUCAAGGAUGGGCGCAACCAGCCAGUCAGAAGCCAUAUUGUGGGGACGCCAGGGAACCAGCGGGCAGAGCUCACUCUGGGCUUGAGAAGCACCCCAAUUCGGAUCACCACCACAAGCACUGGUGGGGCAGGCAGCGGCGGCAGCAGCAGUCAUGGCAGCAACACCAGCCUUCAUAAGAUGGAUGCUGAGUUGCCAGAGCAGCCUAAAACAGCAGAGGUGGCAUUUUCAAACAGCACAGAGAAGGAGAAGACCCAGCGAGGCCGCCUGAGUGCCGAGGAGCUGAGCAAAAUUGAGGAAGAGGACAUGUUGGAUAAAAUGCUUGAUCAAACGACAGAUUUUGAGGAGCGACGAUUGAUCCGGGCAGCCAUGCGGGAAUUGCGCCAGAGGAAGCGAGAGCAGCGAGAGAAGGAGCGGGACCAGCGGCUGCAGGAGGCCAAGACCAAAGGGGCAACUCACACCACAGAGACCACUGCCCGGCAGAGUGCCACGUCAGCCGAUGGCUCAGCCGUCAGCACAGUCACAAAGACCCAGCGCCUUGUCCAGUCCAAUGACGGCAGCAAAACGUCCCGCAUGAUGACCAUGGAGUCGAGCUAUGUGAAGAGAUCGGGAAAUGGCAACACCUUUGUCCAGACCAAGUCUUCCUACAGUUCUUCUUCCUCCAAGAAGGUGGGCAGUAUCUUUGAGCGUGAGGAUGAAAGCCCUGGGCGUGCCAGCAGUUUGGCAGCUCUGGAGCGGCGCCAAGCUGAGAAGAAGAAAGAGCUGAUGAAGGCACAGAGCUUGCCCAAAACGACAGCUUCGCAGGCGCGCAAGGCCAUGAUCGAGAAGCUGGAGAAAGAGGGUGGGAGCCCAGCAAACCCAGCCAUGUCGCGGGUGGCUGUCCAGCGCUCUGCAAGCUUUGGGGUCCCCAACGCCAACAGCAUCAAGCAGAUGCUCCUGGAUUGGUGCCGCGCCAAGACCCGGGGUUAUGAGCAUGUCGACAUCCAGAACUUCUCCUCAAGCUGGAGCGAUGGUAUGGCCUUCUGUGCCCUCGUUCACAACUUCUUCCCCGAUGCCUUUGAUUAUGGGCAGCUUUCCCCACAAGACCGACGGCGCAACUUUGAGAUGGCCUUCUCGGCAGCAGAGAUGCUGGUGGACUGCGUGCCCUUGGUGGACGUGGAAGACAUGAUGAUCAUGGGGAAGCGUCCCGACGCCAAGUGUGUCUUCACGUACGUGCAGUCCCUCUACAACCACCUGCGGCGUCACGAGCUCCGGAUGCGGCAGCAACACUUCUAGCCUUCCUUCCCCUCCCGGAGCUGCGGCUUUUUCCUGGGAGUCUCCCCACCCACCUCCACGUCCCCGUCUUUUUGCCGAAACGCCCAACCUAGCCUGGCCCCAUGUGGGGCCACGAGGAAGGAUGGAUAGCUUCACCUGCGACUCCUCUUGCCCGGCUGUGUCCCUGCACGACCUCCCUUCUUCUCCAGCCCCUCUUCCUCCUCUGCCUUCAGAGACCUCUGACAAUGAAGUCGGGGCAGGCUGGGUAGUUGGCCACUCCAGCCCACUCUGAAGGGGUGAUAGAACGUCUGUCCCACCCUCGAGAGAACUGAGGGCUCAGCUGCCUCUCAUCUACACAUGCUUUUUAUAUGAUGGUGGUGAUGAUGAUGAUGAUGUCUUGUAAGUUAUUCCUUUUUUUAAAAAUGUUGUAGCCUGCACCGUGCCACCUUCUCCGUCCUGCAGAGCAAAGCUGCAUCAUGGCAAGGGACUCCUUGUCUCUCCCAAGUCUCUACACCUUUAGCCCACCUGCCUUUAGGGCUUUGUAGUCUCAUCUAACAGCUGGAUUCUGGCUUUUUAGCAAGAGAAAGAAAGACAGAGUAGGCUGUGUGUGCAGUGGCUCCCAGUGGCCCCUGUGCCGGGGCGGGGAGGGGGGUGAUGGAUCUGCUCUAGGUUUGACGUCACACUUUAGAGGAGCUGGCUGGGGGAUUUGGGGGAGUUGUAGUCCAAGACAGUUGCAUUUCCAAGCACUGGCUAGAAUGUAGGAAAUUGCCUUAUACUGAGUCAGAGGCUUGUUCCAUUAGCUCAGUCCUGUCCACUCUGACUGGCAGCACCCCUUGAGGGUUUCUUGAGGGGCUUUUCCCACCUUUACUUGGAGAUGGUCCCAAUUAAUUCUCUGUUGUCCCAUUUUUUUGGCUGAUUUUGUGAUGUCCCAUUUUCUUCUCCUGCAUUCCCUCUUCCUCCUCUGCUUACUUCAGUUGUUGCAGACUGAGUUCAAAUUGCAACCGUAGCUUGUGCUCCAUUAACUCAGCAGGGAGGAAGAAGACAGGGCAGCAUCUUGCUCUUCCCUGUAAACGCAGGCAAAAGCAAGCUUUUGCAGUCUCUCCUGACUGGUCUGUUUUCCCUCACAAAUACCUUUUGUCUUCUUGACCACACUCUGAUGUUGCUUGGCCCCAAGUGUCCUGGUUUUCAUUUGUGAAAUGUUGAAGGGCAUGUAGCUUGCGAUUUCCUGGUUAGUGGGACAGGGAAUCCACUCCAGGUUUUAAGCUUGAACUUCAGCGGAGCUGUCCUAGGACCUGAACCUGUUUUGAAGAUAGUGUUCAGCACUUUGGCUAGCUAGCUCCUUUAAAGUUUGGGCUAAAACCCAGAGCAGAUCUAGAAUUUUAAAGGAGGCAGCCCCUGAAGCCCUGUGACGGAGCUUUGUUAUCACUGCCCCACUGGCAUGGAGGCCAGCAGCCACUACUGGUACCCCUGCCCACUUGAUGCUUUGUCAGUGCCCAGUGGAUAGAAGCAGGUUGGUUUUCAUGCCAAGAAGUGCUGUCUGCACAGGCUCAAAGCACUUUGCAUGCAUUUGGUCAACAGUCUUAGCUGUAGGGUGAGGUUUGGGAGAUGUGGAGGAGCUGUUUACUUCCAAUUCAGGAUGCAGAGAGCAGUUUUCUUGAAGCCUUGCUUCCGAGUAAGCCUAUUUACACAAGAGGGGGAGCCAUUUGCCAUAAUCACAGAAACAGGUUUACCCUGAUUUGCAGUGAGCGCUGGGAAGCAUUAAAGAGGCAAGGGACUUUUUUUUAAAAGACACCCAUUUCCCCCUGCAAAAUGGACACAAUCAGUGUGUUCUGCAGUGCUGUCUUUCUGAUGUGCCUGUGCACAUGCGGUUGUGUGCACCUGUGGUUCUGCUGUAGUCCUUGUGCCAGGCAGUGGUCACCUUGGCUGACUGCCUUUAUCUUGUAGUUCUGGAUGGGGAGGCACUGGUGGAUUUUGUUUGUGUGUGUGUGUCAAACCAUAUUGGCAACAGAGGUUUCCUUCUGGUGGGGUCAGAGCUUGGAGAUGAGACUUGUUGGGGAUGACAACACCCGAAAUCCCCCUGCCCCCAGUCAACAUGGCCUUGUGGAGGACAACAGGGUGAUGGGUUGGGCUCCUUCUCUUGCACCACUCUCAGCUCUCGGCCACGCGCCGGCUUAUAACGAUUCUGGCACCAACACGAGAAUGUCUGUAUUUGGCACCAAGUGAGACAAUAAAUGUUUGGAUAGA